AUGGUUUGGGCUCCUUUGGAGGGGACUAUCCAGUGGUCCCUUCGUCCCUACGGCAGUGGAAUACGCCGAUUUGAAUUGCUCGUUCUAGCACCACGCCAAAUCGAUUGGGAGUACUUCAACGACGAGCUCGAGAUCGGUGACGAUAUCUACCGGUAUAUCAAGUUGCUCGACCUCAAGGAAUUCGAGGAUACGGAACCGUAUGCUUACCGGUAUUUGACCCUGGAGUUCUUCAGCAUAGUCGCCAGGCACGAAAAUGGGAAGUACCUCACGGCUCGACUUAAGGGCACAAAAUAUAAUAUCACCGACAAAGUGUUGCGCGACAUCUACAAAUUGGAUUCCUCAAUCGCGACACGCCACAGCCCCAUGGGGUACAAAAUCGACCCGCAUUGGGCGAUCAUCUCCCCAUGCGAGACAUACAAGAAGUCGGGGCCGUCUUUGGGACUAAUCAGCGACUUGGCUCAUGUGGUGAUCCACAAGUACAUAUCACAAAUGAUCUACGGCAAGGAGUCAAACAAGGUGAGCGAGCAGCAGGUGUUCAUCUUGUGGUCAAUUUCUCACGACAAGCCGGUGACCAUGUUGCAGUAUCUGAAGGACACCCUUUUCGACAUACGCAACGACACAAGGCGCGGUCCAAACUUGGGCCAUGUGGUGUCCAAGUUAGCCGAGUACUUUGGGGUUGACAUCGACGAACCCCCAAUCCAAGGACCUCUGGCACGCCGGCUACCUGAUCAACCCACACACCCGAAGCUCGUCACCAAGCGGUCCAGCUACAAGGCCUAUUGCGAAGAAAUGGGUAUACCCUAUCCGGACGACGAGUCCCAACCGGCAGCCGGUACAUCGGCUGGUCCAGCCGACGAGAACUCUCAUGAUGAGGACGGGAACGACUCCGACGCCGACAGACAUUCCGUUCACGAGACCAUUCAGUCUCCUCCAUCGAUAGAUGCGCACACGGGUGCGUCUUUCCAGUCGGCUGCUCCAGUUUGGUUCUUCGAGUAUGAGGCUCGGAAUGAGGAUGUUGGAUGA